AUGCUCUCCCAGCUCAUCGUUCUCAUUGGCCUUCAUGCCUGUAUCGUCACUUCCGCAGUCAUUUCAAGCCGCGCUGCUCCUUCUGUGACUCUGGACUCUGCGACGUUCGCCGGGACAACUUCCGGGUCCGUCUCGAAGUUCUUGGGCAUCCCAUUCGCGCAACCCCCCACCGGGGAUCGUCGUUUCCGAUUACCAGAAACUCUUCCAGCGUAUAAUGGGUCUUAUGAUGCGAGCGCUUUUGGACCAUCUUGUCCGCAACAGGCCGUCAAGCUGCCGAUUCUCACAGGAGUACCAGCGGAAGUUGUGGAUUACAUCGUCAAUUCCAUCUUCACUGCAAUUCUUCCUGAUGAUGAGGAUUGUGGCUUCGAGCUUGGUGGCACGGCUAUGUAUGACGGCACUAGCAUUGUUUCUCGGUCAAUCGCGCUGAAUCAGCCAGUCAUCUAUGUUUCGAUGAAUUACCGAGUUUCUGGGUUCGGUUUUCUUGCGAGUAAGGAAGUCAGGGAAGCUGCUGUUGGCAACCUCGGGCUCCACGACCAAAGAGAGGCUCUGAGAUGGAUUCAGAAGUAUAUAACUGCGUUUGGUGGAGAUCCUUCAAAAGUGACGAUAUGGGGCGAAUCUGCAGGAGCUAUUUCAGCUGCGAUGCAUAUGAUUGCCUACGAUGGUGACACUCAAGGCCUUUUCCGUGCAGCGUUCAUGCAAUCAGGGUCUCCCGAUCCCUAUUACGAUGACAUUGUGGUUCAGACGGGAUGCUCUGGUUCUGAUGAUACACUUGCUUGUUUGAGGACGGUCUCAUACAAAACGCUAAAAGCGGCGAUCGACAAUUCGCCCUUUAUAUUCGAUUACCAGUCACUGGCUUUAGCCUGGCUACCUCGCGCAGACGGUGUCCUCUUCUCCGAUAACCCGCAGCGACUCGUAGAGCAAGGUAAAAUUGCUAAUGUUCCCAUAGUAAGCGGCGACUGUGAUGAUGAGGGAACAUUGUUUUCCUUCGCCUCGCUCAAUGUCACGACAAGCGCAGAGGUUGCAACAUAUAUCAAGACACAGAUUUCUCCGAAUAUAUCAGACCAAGAUCUCAACACGCUAUUAGAUCUCUAUCCAGAAAAUCCUCUUGAAGGCUCUCCAUAUGGUACCGGAAUAUUGAACAUCUUAACGCCCCAGUUCAAGAGGAUCGCCUCGUUUCAGGGCGAUGCAGUAUUUCAGGCACCUCGCAGGCUCUUCUUACAAAACAUUUCUGGAAAGCAAAAUAUAUGGGCCUUUCUGAGUAAACGGCUGAAGCUUGUUCCGCUCUUGGGAGCCUUCCACGCCAGUGAUAUCCUCAAUGUUUAUUUCGGUGGAGAUAUGGCAGAUUACCUCAUUCGUUUCGCUGCUACUUUGAAUCCUAGCGGGAGUACUGGCAUUCAAUGGCCCCAAUGGACUACGAAUUCCCCCAAUCUACUCACGUUCAAUGACGGUCUCCUACCUUUGACCAUCACGCAAGACACAUUCCGUGGAGAUGCGAUGAGUGGCUUGUCGAAGAUCUUAUUGGCCAAUCCAAUUUAA